AGUCAUCUCCAGAACCGUUUACUGUUUCACCUGGCACAAAAGUUCAGGGAUGAGAAGAAACUGAUGGACUCUCACCAGAAUCUGCAAGACAUUACAGAAGAUCAGCUUAGUUUGGCAUCUAUCCACUACAUGCGAUCCCACUACCAAGAAGCUAUUGAUAUCUACAAACGCAUUCUUCUUGCUCAUCGGGAAUACCUGGCUCUGAAUGUAUAUGUAGCCCUAUGCUAUUACAAACUGGAUUACUAUGAUGUAUCACAGGAAGUGCUAGCUGUUUAUCUUCAGCAAGUUCCUGACAGCACCAUCGCUCUUAACCUGAAGGCUUGUAACAAUUUCCGACUUUACAAUGGGAAGGCUGCUGAGGCAGAGCUCAAGAACUUGAUGGACAGUGCCUCAUCAUCUUUUGAGUUUGGCAAGGAGCUCAUUAAGCACAAUCUAGUGGUAUUCCGAGGAGGAGAAGGGGCUUUGCAGGUCCUGCCUCCUCUGGUUGAUGUUAUUCCUGAGGCAAGACUGAAUCUUGUGAUUUACUAUCUUCGGCAAGAUGACGUGCAGGAGGCUUAUAACCUGAUUAAGGACCUGGAACCUACAGCGCCACAGGAGUACAUCCUCAAAGGAGUGGUAAACGCAGCACUUGGACAAGAAAUGGGCUCGAGACAUCAUCUGAAAAGUGCUCAAAAGUUGUUCCAUUUGGUGGGUGAAUCAACCAGCGAAUGUG